AUUGGCUGCACUGUUCAGCGUUUGCAAAAUCGUCUGAUCAAGCGCAGACGCGGGCACAAAUAAAAGACUGCCGUGACCCAAGAAAUUUCUCCUUCUGGGCCACCAACUUGGCGGCCUCGUCCUAUCAGUUCCGUAGAUCUUCUUACACCUCCCCUCACAAUUUUCUUGCAAACUAAGAUCUGCAAGGAGAAGAUCGAUCCCCCUCUUUCUACUGCGUUGAUCUCUGUCCUGGGGCACAGCACUAUUCAAGAGAGCAAAUAGACUUGCUGGAGAUCAGGAAUCAUGUUUGGACGUGCUUCAAGGAAGAGUGACAAUACUAGGUACUACGAGGUUCUUGGGGUUACAAAGAAUGCAAGCCAGGAUGAAUUGAAGAAGGCAUACAAAAAGGCUGCUAUAAAGAACCAUCCAGACAAGGGUGGAGACCCUGAGAAGUUCAAGGAGUUGGCUCAGGCUUAUGAAGUGCUAAGUGAUCCUGAGAAGAGGGAGAUCUAUGAUCAGUAUGGGGAAGAUGCUCUUAAAGAGGGAAUGGGAGGUGGUGGUGGUGCUCACAAUCCUUUUGAUAUAUUUGAACAGUUUUUUGGUGGUGGUUUUGGCGGUGGAAGCUCAAGAGGUCGUAGGCAAAAGCGCGGUGAGGAUGUUGUUCAUACCCUAAAGGUUUCUCUGGAGGACCUUUAUAAUGGAACCUCUAAGAAGCUAUCACUUUCAAGAAACAGGCUAUGCCCAAAAUGCAGAGGCAAAGGAUCAAAGAGUGGAGCAUCAGGGAGAUGUUAUGGAUGCCAAGGCACUGGAAUGAAAGUUGUAACUAGACAGAUUGGGCUAGGAAUGAUCCAACAAAUGCAACAUGUUUGUCCUGAAUGCAGAGGCUCAGGUGAGGUUAUCAGUGAUAAAGACAAAUGCCCACAAUGUAAAGGAAACAAAGUCACUCAGGAGAAGAAGGUACUAGAGGUGAACGUUGAGAAGGGAAUGCAGCAUGGUCAAAAGAUUGUCUUCCAGGGAGAGGCAGAUGAAGCUCCUGAUACAGUGACAGGAGACAUUGUCUUUGUUUUGCAACUUAAAGAGCACCUUAAAUUCAAGCGAAAGUUUGAUGACCUGUUUGUGGAGCAUACACUCUCCUUAACCGAGUCCCUCUGUGGCUUCCAGUUUGUUUUAACGCAUCUUGACGGCAGACAGCUUCUUAUCAAGUCAAAUCCUGGCGAAGUUGUCAAACCUGGUCAAUCGAAAGCCAUCAAUGAUGAAGGGAUGCCUCAUUACCAGAGACCAUUCAUGAAGGGUCGACUGUACAUCCAUUUCAGUGUGGAAUUCCCUGAUUCUGGAGUUCUUUCUGCUGAUCAGUGCAGGAAACUGGCUGCAAUUCUUCCACCCAGAACAAGCUUACGCAUGACAGAUAUGGAGCUUGAUGAAUGUGAGGAAACCACCAUGUAUGAUGUCAAUAUUGAAGAUGAGAUGAGACGAAAGCAGCAACAACAACAACAAGAAGCUUACGAUGAGGAUGAGGACGCCGGCCCACGGGUACAGUGUGCCCAACAGUAAGGUUUAAUUUACUUGCAGCAGCAGUCGAUAUCUGUCUUUAUAUCUUGUUCAUGUUCAUGUUUCUAUGAUUAUAUUUUUAUGCGUUGAGUGGAUUUUCUACUAGAAUCAUUUAAUUACUGCACAUAUCAACAUAUAGUUUAGAAUCUCCUGAUACAAAUGCUUCCUAAAUUCUUAUUAUGUGUUGUUUCUGGGUUUAUAUUCUCAAUUGUCGUUUGUCUUUGCUGGAUGGUUUAUUUGUUUAAUAUAUCUUAAUAUGUUGUGUG